CGUGGGAUGGAAACCGACCUCUUAUAAGAGGCUGGCGACGGAUGGGGAGUUCAACCCUCUCCCAUCCUUCCUCGGAUCCACAGUGAGAUCUUCACCCAGCCAGAGCAAGAUCUUUUGGAGCGGAGAUCCUAACAUUGGGGCAGGAAUUGUGGCGUGAAGUCUGUGGACGUUACCACAUCGGGAAAGUCGGAAUUCUGAAAGUACAUAGUGGGAACUUCAGAGAGCUCGGAAACAUUAUGAGUGAAGUCUCAGUGAAGCCACACAUAGGCAACUCAACCAUGCUGAAUCUAAACAUCAGUUCCAAUUGCAGUACACAUGCUUCCCCUUGGUUUUCAACUGCAUUUUCAGCUGUCGGACUUUUGUCUAACCUGAUCGCAUUGGUCGUGCUAGUAAGCGCUUACAGAAAAGCUCGGAGUAGGUCCCGAUCUUCCUUCUUGAUUUUCCUGUGUGGCCUGGUUUUGACAGACUUUUUAGGCCUUGGAACAACUGCGUCCAUCGUUCUGACGUAUCAUCACACCAAAUUCAGCUGGGAGAAAGUUGACCCUCAGAACCACCUGUGCAGAUUUUUGGGAUUUUCAAUGGUGUUUUUUGGACUCACUCCUCUGUUGCUGGGGGCCACCAUGGCAGUGGAGCGUUUUUUAGGAAUAAACAAGCCAUUCCUGCGUUCUACCAAUGCCUCAAAGCGACGUGCUUGGUGCACGGUCUUCCUUGUUUGGCUGUUUGCGUUCUGUAUUGGGCUCUUGCCCAUUUGUGGUCUUGGACAUUACACGCACCAGUGGCCCAAUUCCUGGUGUUUCUUCAACAUGACAAAUGGCACAAGUGAUGUUGCAUUUUCAAUAUUGUUUUCUAGUGUGGGAUUGUUAUCUCUCAUACUGUCUGUUUUCCUGAAUACAAUCAGCGUGGUAACACUGUUCAAAGUUUGCUUUAGGAGACUGGCUGUUGAAAGGAGCAGAGAUCACGAAGUAGAAAUGAUGGUUCAACUCUUGGGUAUAAUGGUUAUUGCGACAGUCUGCUGGGCGCCAUUAUUGAUACUCAUCUUCCAAAAGACCUUGACGGAUUUGCCAGAUAAUGUACAACUGGGUAAAACCCUAAUCACUUGCAUUCGAAUUGCCACGUGGAACCAGAUUUUAGACCCCUGGGUUUAUAUAUUGUUUCGAAGAUCAGUUUUGAGAAAGUUCAACCCGAGUCUACGAUCAAGACCUUCAAUAUCGUCAUUAUAUCCCACUAUAAAUGCGUCAUAUAGUAGAAGGUUUACACAAGGCUCAGUAAUGACCUCCUAGUGCACAGGUUUGGCUGAAUUCUAAGAAGGACUUCCACCAAAGUAGACUAAGAUGUACUUAUUUGUAAAUAAUAUAUGUUGUAUUAUAUUAAACCUGCUUCUUUGUAGUAUAUGUAAUAUUGGUUGUAAACUAUAAUUGUCUCUUUAAGGCUGCCAACCCUUUAAGAAUUGUGUUACAUGACUAACUGCUCCGUGGGUUGGAACAUUAUGUAUGGAAAGUUCUUGAGGCAGUUUGUAGCAGGCUCUUGAUAAACAAUACAUUAGCUUAUUUUGACCACCUUGUGUCUUACACAUACAUCACAGUGAAAUUGGUUAGAAGAACACACUGACCACAUAUAUUUUAUCAAGUAUUGGUAAAGCACAGAGUGACCUGGUGUCUUGCACAGACGUACACAGGCUUUUGGCUGUAAAAUUGAUCUCAUUUGUGCAUUAAAAAUGCUUUAUUUAAAUUCAGUUAACUUUGGGUUAACGUUACACAAAGGAAAAUCUAUAUAAUUUGCCAUCUGCCAUUCAGUGUAUACUGAGGUAAACAGUCCACAGUUAAAGCCACAUGUUAAGUGAUAACUCAUUAAAAAUAUUGGACUAAUAAAAGCAAAACAUGUUUUUGGUUUUGUGGCAUAUCAGAGCAAUUUGUACAAAAAUUGCCAUAGAAACAAAUGCUUUGUGAAGAAAAUUAUCAGAUAAAAGAGACUUUAGAACACAAAAACUUUGUUGCAACAAUUAUACAUAGAAACAAACCAUAGAAAAUAAUGAUGAGAAGGUUUCAUAUUUUACAUAUUUAUGACAUGUUCAGUUUUUGCUCAAGCUUUUAGGUUUUGACUGCAUUUGAUGUGAACUUGGAUAAAUAUUUCAAUCACUUCUAUUAAUGGUUAUAUUCCAAAAUCACUUUGUUUUCCAGUUGUAUAAAACUGUUUCCAUACCAAAAACAUAGUUUGUGCUUCCAGUGUGAUUUUUAACUUGGCAAACUGGGAUUAGUGAAGUGCUAAUGAUUUCAGUGUAGUUUCAAUAAACAUGCUGCUCCAUUUUGUGGCAGUUUUGAGCUUGUGCCAUUUUGAAAUGGGACCAGAAUAGUUUUAAUUAGUCCUAUGGGAUCAAGAAGAGCAAAAGGGCAGGAACUGCCAGCUGGCCUGUGUAAGUAUCCCUCACUCCAGAGCUCGCUUGUUCAAUCAGCCUCUUACCUCCCAGCCUCCAGCUUGGGUUGAUCUUGAUGGGCAGCUCAUCAGUACUAUUUCACCAAGUCUCCUCCCUUGAAAUGGGCCUGAUGUGUACAGGUGGGGAACGAGAUUGGUCCAGAAUCUCUCCCAUCAUUCAAUUAAUUUUUGGACAAAGACUCUCCAAUCAGACUGCAGUGGGUCAGCCAGUCACCCCUAUAGGUUUUCUUGUUUGUCUGAAGGCAGUGUGUACACUGGGAACUACUUUAGCAGCCCUAUGUACGUUAACACCCAUGCCCUCCCACUGUUUCCCCUCCCCUCUCCCCAAUGUGAUCACUGCUCUAAUGAUGGCCAAGAGUCGUUUCGCCAAAGCCUUCAUCCAAUUGUGACCUGACUUUUUUUUUCCCCCUUUGAAACGUGAAGUGAGAAGGAAGGUGAUGAGAUCAAAAUGUGUGAUGGGGAGGAAGGAUUUGUAGCUGACAGAGGUAAAGAGGAAACAAUUUUUACACUGAGUACUUUUCUUAUGUGUUAUUGCCUGGGAAUAUCUAUGGCAUCUGGAUCCCAUCUACUAGCAACAGGCAAAAAUAAGAAGAGCCAAUUUUAAGGGAAGGGACCAAUUCAAUGAGAUCACAAUGACGUAAAGAUUCCAAAACACUGUAGUCACAAUUACAGUGAGUUUGCAAUAGGACAUAGAACAUUACAGAACAGUGCAGGCCCUUCGGCCCAUGAUGUUGUGCUGACAUUUUACCCUGCUCUAAGCCUUCCCUCCCACAUAGCCCCCCCAUUUCUCUAUCAUUCAUGCAGCUAUCUAAGAGUCUCUUAAAUGUCCCUAAUGUAUCUGCCCCCACAACCUCUGCCGGCAACACGUUCCACGCACCCACCACUCUCUACAUAAAAAAACUUACCCCUGACAUCUCCCUUAUACCUUCCUCCAAUCACCUUAAAAUUAUGUCCCCUCGUGUGAGCCAUUGUCACCCUGGGAAAAACUCUCUGACUGUCCACUCGAUCUGUGCCUCGAUCUUGUAGACCUCCAUCAAAUCACCUCUCAUCUUCCUUCUCUCCAAAGAGAAAAGCCCUAGCUCACUCAACCUAUCCUCAUAAGACAUGCUCUCCAAUCCAGGCAGCAUCCUGGUAAAUCUCCUCUGCACCCUCUCUAAAGCUUCCACAUCCUUCUUAUAAUGAGGUGACCAGAACUGAACACAAUCAGUGAGUGGAGUCAAUGCAUAAAUUGCCUAAUAGUAGAAGACAGAGACUGGUUUGGCUGCCACUUAAGGACUUGGAGUUGAGCCAUUGGUCUGUUCUGGAAGAGGAUGGAAGGUGGAGGUAUAGAGAGGUUAGACAAACAUGGAGAAAAUAAGGUUAUAGCUAAGAAAGUAGAAACUGUUAUCUACAGAUAGCAUCAGAGAUUCACUGAUAUAAAUGAGAGGACACUCAAUAAGAGAAAGGAUAGGGUCAAAAUUGGAAGAGAAUUGAAUGGGGAAAGAACAGGUUGAAACAUUGGACCACUUGCUUGUCAAUCUUAGUGGAGAGGAAGAAGCAAGCUUCAUGAUGCUAGGAGUCUAUGUGCUUAGAAACCAUGGAAGAGCAGUAUCUGGAGGCAAUGGGUCAGGAAAACUCUGGGAGAUAAUGGCUGAAUGUUCAGUGAUAUGCACAUGGUCUAAGGAAGGGAUAAUGACGUGUGAGAUCGAUCUUGAGUUCAACUUUAGAAGGUAGAAGUCAGUUUUACAAGUAGCAGCAGCAUCACCCUUGUGGGCAGGUUAAAUAGUAAUGUUAGAGUUAGCCCUCAGCGAGCAGAGUGCUGCAAAUUCACGGAGGUUUAGGUGAGUGCAAGCAGCUGGAGGGGGAAUAUUGAGAAGGUCAAAUGCACAGCAGAAGUUUGCAAGAUAAAUGUCAAGGGUUGAGAGGCUAAAGGGAAGGACAUUUACACACGAAGCUAUUGGAAAACAGUCACCUGCUCUGCCUCCCCGUUCCCCGAUGGAAUGAGAGUUUGGUGAAUCAUGGUGGGUGGAAGUACAAUGAUUACGCAGCUGCACUUGGUGAAUGUUAGGUAGCUGCUUUUAACGUGAGGGAAUCCUAAUCUGAAGGUCAAGUAUGUUGUCCGAUGUGAAUAUGAAUGAUUAUUUAGGGAAGUUUUACUUUAGAUCAAUAAAAUUAAGUCUUAUCCACUUUUCUAUGGAAAGACUGCAUUGACUGUGAGAAAUACCUAUAAUAUUUUACAUCCUUGUAAAACCAUGUGAUUAUUAAAAAAGUAACAAUUUUAAUGUGAGUAAUAAUUGUACUUGUAAUGUUUUACCAACGUUCUCUAAAUCAUAUAAUUUAUUCCCAUAGAGUUGUAUGCAUGAUACACAUACUGCACAUUAAAGAUAGGAAAUGAA